AUGACCUGGAAGUAUAAAGCCAAAAAGUAUGGGCCAGCUUGUGUCUGGUAUGGUUGUGGAAUAGGAGCUUCACUAGCUUAUAUAUAUCCUCACACUCUUGGGCUUGAAAAAUACAAAGAGGCUAUCACAGAGACGUCUGAAGGCAAGCCUGUGGAACUUGACAGUGAAAUUGCCGUCGUGGCUCAAGAGAUCAAAAACCAUUUCAAGUGGCGGCAGUCCUCUCUAUUCAAGCGUCCAGAUUUUGACUUUGUUCAGACAACACAGCCACUGGAUUUUGUCCAAAGAGGUUCAGUAACUUCCAGAUGGGGUGCAGUUAUAGGAGUUCCUAUUUUAUUCACAACCAGCUCACUGCAAGCAGCCAGAGAGAGCCCUGUGACUGUUUUACAAAAGUACAACAUCAAUGUAACUGAAGAUGAAGGAACAAAUAUACUUGAAUUCUUUACACUGAGUCCAGCAGCAAAGAAAUUUGCACUUGCUAGGGAAAUGUACUUAGCUGACUCAUUUUAUAUUUUUGCCAGUGUUAUUGCAAUAAAUCUGGCCUUCUUUAGCACAUAUGCAGUUGGAGCAGGUCUAUCAAAUGUAUUGUCACUUUUCCUUCCUGGACCAGGGGCUGUUUUAAUUUCUUUCCUCAGUCUUAUUCCAGCACUGGGAUAUGGCUGUAUAAAGUUUCAUGACUGGUACACUCGUGUUAUGUUGGCGAAGUCAGACAAAGAAGCUGCAUUUAUGGACUCGGAGGUAGCAGCAGGUGGGAUUGAAUAUUACUCCACACUUAUAGCCCGUAAACAAGUGCAAGGAAAUGUCAGCAGCUCUGUUGAUACAGAAUCUCUAUUUGACAUGAAGUGGAGAAAAAAAGAGCUUAGUUUUGAAGAAAGGAAACAGCGUCUUGAGAAGGCAUUAGAAAAGUUAAGCAGCUAA